AUGUUUUGCAAAUUCUUGGCUGGGAAAUUCCCUUACAUAAUUGUCUGUUGUGGGGAAUUCCCUCAUUUAACCUACACACUACGCCCCUCUUUGAACUUGAACAACAAAGAACUAAUUUGAGAUUGAAAAUGGCUGAAUCUACAACACUGAAUGCUGCUAGUUCCCCACAGUUGAUGGAGGGACUCACUGAUAGGGAAAGGGAAAAGAUUGAGGUACGUUGUGUGCAAUCACAUUCUACCAAGCUGACAUGCUUGUGCUCUGAGCACUUGUUGUUAGGAGGUAGACAGUGUAAAAAAGAGCACAUACGGAUAACUGAAUGUGAUACUAUUCCUUAAUUGAGACCAGUAGAUCUACUUGUAUAGUAUAGUACCUGAAAGUAUAUGCAUGGUUAACCGAAUAGCCGCGGUUAUGAUUUCAUAUGUAGUACCGCCCACCGCGGAACCAAAAUCUAAUUAAUUUUAAAUUACUUUCAUUAUCAGCUCCUAGCAAAGAAAGAUGCGUAUCUAAGAAGCAGUAGCAGUUUUCUGCAGGCAACUUUGUUGCAAACUAGUCUAGAAUAGCUACUCUGCCAGGAUCUCUAAGUUUUGAACGGAGGAGUAUACCAGCCAAGGCCCCAGCGAAGGAUCAUUUCACAACAUUCGCCUCUAGCAAAGAAAGAUGCAUAACUUGGAAACAGUGACAGUUUUCUUUAUUCAACUUCUUAGCAAAGUAGUCUACAGUAGUUACUGUGUCAGGAUCUCCUGGUUUCCAAAGAAACAGUCAACCAGCCAAGGGCCAGAGCAAGGGAUCACUUCAGAGUGUGGCAAAGAAAGAUGCACCCCUUAGUAACAGUAACAGUUCUCUUCAAGCUACCUUGUAGUUCUAUCUGAACAGUCGAAGAGUCAACCAGCCAAGGACAGAGCGAGAGAUUACUUUAGAGGUCUGUGAAACUAUCGUCACUGCUAUCUGCCAUGGAACCACCACCAUCUUAUGGGUCUGAGAAGGUCUACUCACUGUGACUACUAUCCAGGAUACCUAGGAGUACCUCAUCCCCUGUGUGCAGAGGCCUCUUAGUCAUUGUUGUACUAUAGAAUUAAUUGUAAUUGUAUUUAUUAUAGUGUAUGUUCACUUUGAGAUUGAUAUUGAAAUACAAAUUUCACAUGAAAAUUUCAGCAAAUUUUUGAUUGCUAACCUAUGGUGAUCGGACUCAGUACGGCUUCUGUUGACCUUCGAGAGAAGCCUUGCAAAGCUGUGGAGCUCUGGAAGGUUGUAGCUCACCACAAAUUAAUUAAGAGUAGAGUCAUAGAUAGUAGAGAUAGUAUAGUCCCUCUACUAUCUAUGGUAGAGUAAUGUGCGGUUGACGCUUCAAAGCGUCAACCGCGGCUACCAGCUAUUCAGGUAUUGACGCUUCAAAGCGUCAACCGCGGCUAUUCGGUCAAGUGUUUGAGUCUGCAUGUUUGGCUGUCCACAAUUGUUUCCCCUCCCCUGUGUCAUGCAAUCACCAGUGUACUGUAUCACUGCACUAAUGUUCUCUUCCUUCCAUUUCAUGCAUCUCCACCUCACCUUUGACUGACCAUCUGAAACAACAGACUGUAAGUUGGUGUGUGUUGUCAGAGUAUUUAGUGUCUGUUGCAUAUUCUGUGAUGUUUCUACUUCCCCAUUAUUACUCUUGUGUGUGUGCAGUGCCAUAGUGUUAUAUAGGGAAAUAUUUAGUAUGAUCACAUUCAACCUCGUAAUCAUUCAUUUACUAUCUUCCCACGUGUUUGCCCUGUGGAUUCUCCCUCUCUGGAUCAACAGCGUGUAAGUUGUGUUUGCACGUGUACACUUAUUUUAAUGGUUACUAUAGGAACUCCUACACUAAUUGUAAAAUGUCUUUAUCUCUUAAUUUGCAUAUUGCCAACUUGGUAUUAGCCGAGGCCCACAAAACUUAUUAGGUUGUACUUUUAAUACUUUCGUUGAUUCAUAGAAUAUGCAUCUAAGUUGGUACAUUAUCGUGUUUGUCUCUUCCCAUGCACACACUCAUUCCUAUGUUGGACCUCACACUGAUUUGGACUACUGUAGAAGCGUUACAUUGAGGUAUGUUGUGAUUGUGUGUGUGUCUCAUGGAGUGCACGUGUUGUAUUGUACGACAAACAAAAUCAUACGUAUCAAAGUUGUACAUGUAAGAUGCUUGUUGUACCGUUUACCAUCCCUUUCACUGACCCACCCACUGACCCUUCCAUUAUCUGCCAUUGCUAGUACUAAGUACCUGUGUGUGUACUAGCCAGUGUGUGUACUGAGUUACUACCAGUGUGUUCAUAUCCCUCUCCUCAUGCACAUGUACCCUCUGUGGACUGUUACUCAACAACAGCACGUGAGUUUAUUAUUGUCAGUGUGCGCUAUAGCUGUGUAGUUUGUUCAUUGUAUAUUUAAUGGCAAACUAGACUUACUUGUGUACAUGUAAUUAGUCUACUGCAUGAAGGCAGAAAUUGUGUGGCUUUAUUACCCGAGGCGCGCGCGGGCGGCCACGGGUAUAGUAGUAUGUUGGUUUGUCUGUUUGUCACAGGUAUAUCUACUCACCUGGGUACCACAGCACUGCGUUUACAGCAUGGAUAGCCUUCACACAACAAUAUCUUGGUUUAAAUAGUGGCAGUUUUUGAUGUUAAUGCUUCUUUGUCGAGCAAAAGCUAAGAAGCUUGAACAAGCUUUGUGACUGGGUCUGCUUACUUGGAUGUUCUAGCACUGCGUUUAUACAGCAUGGGUAGCCUCCAUACAACAAGUUAGUACUUUUGAUAGUGGUACCUUUCUGUGUUAAAAGCUUCGUUGUCUAAUAAAAGCGAGCAAAAUGUAGCUUGAACAGAACUUGACUUAUAACUGAAGUGAUCCUGUACCAAGAACAAUGGAACAGGGUCACUAAAGUAGAAAGCUUGAAUUAUAGCUCCUAUACUGCUUUAGCUGACUGGGAUCCUACUCGAUGCAGGACCUGAGCCAUACUUCUCUGAGACUCCAGGCUUCUUUGCUCUGAUCCUAAUCCACAGUGUAUAUAUCUAUAGUACCACUACCUGUUCUCAAAUGUUUCAGCAUGCCUCCAGUCUGGUUUAGUUUUAUUGCUCCUGAGUUGCUGUGCAAGUCAUACAUGAUAACAACAUCACUAUAUUAUGGCAAUGCACUGCAUUAUAUUUCUGGUUUCUUUAUAAUCAUGUCACCAGCCGAGGGUUUGCACUUUAGUGCUCUAGUUUAGAUUGGUACUGCUCUUGAUAGUUUCAUGCUGUACAGACGUGUACUUGCAAUAAUUGAUGUAUACAUGUGUGAAUGCAUUCGUGUAUUUGAACAUGUUCAUUUCUCUACAUGUCCGUGCUUGUUAAUGUGACUACUGCUAAUGAUUACUGGAACAACAGAAUGUAAGUUACAGUAUACAGACAUGUAUGAAUGCACUCACUGCUCCUACCAUCAUCCCCCUCUCUCUGUUUCCAUGUAUGUCUUACGCUGGUGUCUCAUUGGACUAAACAGAAGGUGAGCGGGACACUGCACUGACUUGUGACUGUACUUGUGUCAGUAAUGUUUGAGUUGUACGUGUGAGUACAUGCCGUGUAAUAUAAAUUAUUGAUAUCAUAGUGUACAGGUUUGUGAUUAUAUUCUUUUCUCUCCAUACAUUUCUAUGGUUACUGAAUAUCUGGAACAAUAGAAAAUGAAGGCUAAGAAAGAGAGUGAACUGAAGAGUCAUGAGACGAGAAGAGCUGCCCUCCAACAGAGACUGUCUGGUGACAUCACUGACCAGGACCAGAGAGAGCUGGAGGUGGUGGAGGAGGAGAUCAAGGAGUGUGUCUCAGACAUACACUACUGGGAGGGGAAGAUACAUGACGAGGAGAAUGACAUUACUGAGAUACGAGGAAGGCCAGAGAGGCAGAGAAAGGAAGAAUCAGCGAAGCGAUUGUUUGAUGAGGGGAUGAAGCACGGACACGUCUUGGUCAACAUUGUCAACAUGCUCGUGUUUGGACCGGCGGGAACAGGGAAGACCAACCUCAAGCACCUGCUAACUGACAAGCCCCCUCCACUACAGCGAGACAGCACUUCUUGUAUGGAAAAGCCAGUACGCAUUCGACCCGUGUCCAAUGCAAAAUUCAGGUCAACUGGAAGAGGCUGGGAAGAGAUGUCUCAGCCAAAGCUGCGUAAGCUACUAGCUCAAAUCAUCGCCAAACUACCAAAAGAAAGCACCGAUCCAUCCUCGGCAUUAAGGGUUGCCGAGAGCUUGAAGAAGAUGACCACAACCGAGCUAAUUUCUGUUUCUGAUGAGCCAAUUUCUGGUUUCAAAUCGACUCCAUCGAGCAACGAUUCCGUCGCACUUUCUGGCUCUGCAAGAAGGUUGGACAGAGCUAUCAAUAAAGUGAUAGCAAGUGUAGUGAGUGGUGUGGCAGAAGAGCUGAAGCCAGCCACACAGGGAACUGACCAACUGUCGAGCAGUGACCAGCAAGAAGGAGAACUGUUUGAUUCCAACUGGGUGUACGUUACCGACUGCGGUGGACAACCCCAAUUCCACGACAUCAGCCCUCUCUUCAUCAAGCACAUUUCGGUGGCGUUGAUAGUCCUGCGUUUGAUUGACGAACUCUCCAGUUUCCCUUCUGACGAGUACUACAAGGAUGGGCAGCUUGUUGGUAGUCCUCAUGCAUCUCACAUGACCCUCGGGGAGACACUUCAGAGUCUCAUUCGAUCCAUUGAGUCCCAUACCUCACAAGACAAGAAGCCAAAGAUGAUCUUUGUGGGCACAUUCUUAGAUCAGCUCAAGAGCUUGGAUACUCUUAUCAAGAGGAAUCAAGAGAUUCUCGACAUGCUGCCACCCGAUAUCAAGAAGCUAUUGGUGUACGAAGAUCUUGGGUUGAAGAAUCUGAUUUUUGGUCUCAACACGAUCAGCCGAGAUGAUGAUUCACUGGCCACUGCCGAUAGGAUUAGAAUUACUGUUGAGCGUUGUAUUCCGCUACAAGUCAAAAUGCCCAUCUGGUGGUCCUUCUUGGAUUCACUUCUCCAGAGUUUAUCUGCCACUCUCGAGCGAGGUGUACUAAGCAAGCAAGAAUGUCUCCGAUUAGCCACUCGAUUUCGUUAUGCGCUCCAAGAUCUUGAAGCUGCUCUGUUCUUCUUUGACGAGGUGUGUAUAGCGCACUACUAUCCCUCCAUUCUCCCCAACACAGUGUUUGUGGAUGCCCAGAUUCCACUAGACAAGAUCACCGAGCUCUCACAGCACGCCAUCUCCCUGAGGAAUGCUGAAGCCAAAUCACGCUCUACUCUAAGCUCAGUAGGGAUCGAGGCCGAAUGGAAGAGAUUUCGAGACGAAGGCAUAAUCAAUUUAAAGUUCCUACGAUUCUUUGAGAAGCAUUACGUUGAAGGUAUCUUUUCUCCAGAAGAUAUGCUGUUGAUCAUGAAAGAGCUUCUCGUGAUUGCUCCCAUUCCACUAGUGGAGUCCACUACCCAUCAAGCUGAGUUCUUCAUGCCAUCUCUACUCAAAUCUGCUCCCAUUGCUGAACUGGACAAAGUCCGUUCCUCAUCUGUCCCCCUCGCUAUUCACUUCCCUAGUGGGUGUAUUCGUUCAGGUGUCUUCUGCUGUACGGUUGUUGAUGUAAUGCGGAGGCUUGGUUGGGAAGCUGUUCUCCCUUCAAGUGGUCCAAUACUUUUCGCUAAGAAUUGUAUUCAAUUUCGAAUUCCGAAUCGUCCUUGUGUCAUCUCAUUGCUUGAUUCCUUCUCCCGUAUGGAAGUGUAUGUCGAAGCCCCCCCUCCAUUACGCAAAGUGUUGUGUCCUAUGGUUUGUUCUCAACUAAUGGAAUCCAUCAAAGCUGCUUGUGUUGUUUUGAAUUACAACAAUGACACACCUAAAGCAGCGAUUGUUUGCCCGUGCAAGAAAAGUGGAAACAAGUUGCACGUUGCCGAUGUGAGUGUGGAUGGCUAUUGGAUGUGCUCCCUUCAUGCACGAGAGUGGGGAGAGCUCAGUGACCAACAUAGAAUCUGGCUGGACAAUAGCGAAGGUUCUGGUGAAGCCUCCUCUGUUACGAGAGAUCUGAACACUGAAAGAAAGAGUCAUCAGUUGCAAUACUCCGGUCCAUCGUCCCCUGUAAUGGAACCUGUGUGUAGAAUGAGUGAUCAAUAUACCAGUAAGGAAGUUUCCGGUGCAUCAUCGUCUGCUACGAGAGGUACUUGUACGAAGACUGAGAGAAAGAGUGAUAAGCAACAAUACUCUGGUGAGUCAUCCUCUGUUACGGGAGACAUGUGUACAAAGAUGACAUUGAGUGAUCAGCAGCAACAAUCUGGAAAACCAUUGUCUGCUACGGGAGAUACUCUUAUGAAGACUGAGAGAAAGAGUGAUCAGCAGCAAUACUCCGGUGAAUUGUCUUCUGUUAGAGUAAUGGAAGAUGUGUGUAAGAAGACUGGAGUGAGGGACCAACAACUAGAUCAAGAAAUCCCUGAGAGUGACAUCAUUCUAAUCGCGGAGAAAUUUCCUCACCUGCUGAACGUGCACAAGGCUUUGACAAUCAACGAUCUACAACAUGUUUACGAGAAACUACAUGAAAGUGCCAGCCCUCACUGGUUCAAUCUGGGAUUGGCUUUAGGUCUAACUCAUCCUGUUCUCACCAACAUCAAUAGCGAGCAUCGUGGAAAUAAUGUAUCGUGCUUGCGUGAAAUGUUGGCCAAGCUCCUGAGUACACAACAUGUAACAUGGAGUCUCCUGUCAGAUGGUCUCAAAAAGCCCACAGUGGAGCUCAUCAAUUUGGCUGACAGCAUCACAGUCAAUCAAUCUGCAAUUCCUAACCUGCUCGAUGGACUCAACCUCACCCCAGCCGACCUCGGUGAUGUAACUGAUGUUACACGUCGUUAUGGCAAUCAAGCUGGAGUGGCUCAUGCAUUGAGAGCGUGGCAAAGAGUGAAUCCUUCCAGAGCUACCUUCAGGGCCUUGGUGGAAAUUGCCAUAGGACUGAGAAGAGGAGACACUGCUACAGACAUUUGUAGAUUCAUUGUAGACAAUACGGACCGAAACUGAAACUGAUAAUUAACUGUUCUUUACUUUGAUGUUGUUUGUGUCUCUGUAAUUAUAAUGUGUGAGCUUAUUAGUGAUGCUGUGCUUUUUUCGAAUUGUUGUGGUAGAAUUAUAGUCUGUGAAAAUUAAA